CUUUUAUUCAUCAUGACUCUAUUGUUUUAUUUUAAUGAUAUUCCUGCUACUUGUGAGUUGUGUGGUCAUUGGAUGCCACAUCAUGAGAGUAAUUGUCCUCGUAACGGAGUUCAUCCAUCUCAAUGGGGACCUUCAUCCUACUUGCUGAUGAAAACCGAUGAUUAUCAUCUAGAUUGUACUACAUGUUUUGAUCAAUAA